AUGUUUCUUUGCAACCUUCAAUACGGUUCUUCCUGUCGUCAUCCACACUGGGACCGUGCCAUAAAUAAUGAGAAAAAAAAUCUAAUGGCCAAAGUCGCCAGCCACCCACUUGCACUGCUCAAGCCUGUUCGCCUAACCACUGCUCAGCCCUGCCACAGCCUCAGCUCUCACCCCAAAGGUUUCUUCCAUUCUCAGUUGAAGCCUCUUGUCGUGGGCUCACUGCUGACCCAACCUUUCAUACCUGUUUAUUCGCCCCAUCAAGGAGGCGCGGGCGAGGUAGAUGUAAGACUAUACUCGAUAAAAUUCCCGAAUCCCGGCGUGGGGGUCCGGGUUUGUUUACAUGACAGAAGACGCGACGGAAACACGAUGAAAGUCCGAGUCAAAUAUUCCAACACACAAAAGUUCGUGGUGACUUUAGAGGAACCCAACUUGGGGAACUUGAAGGAAGAGAUAAGGAAGUUUGUGGAAAGUACCUACGGGGGGACUGUCAAAGAACCAUUGACAGUGAGUCUAAAUGGGUCAGAUGCCCUUACUGGCUCAGCAGAUACUCCCCUUCAGAAUCUAGGUAUUGUCCCUGGAGACCUGAUUAAAGUGAUUCCUCCAUCAGCCCCUGCUGCCUGUGCUGCUGCUCCACAAAGAGUACCUUCACCCCCAAAACGACAGGCAACAGCGCAGCCUUACACAAGCACUUCGGCAUCUGAUUCAAGGCCCAGCGGGAUGGAGGGGUCUUCAGGUGGUGCUAGUGGAGAUGGCCCAAGUGCAACGUCUUCAGCCAAGAGUGAACAGCCAGAAAGAAAGGUAGUGGAAACUCCAGUCUCACUCCUCAUUGAAGCCAAGGAUGGCUGUCCCCCUCCCUCGCUUAUGGACCUGUUCUCUAAGUGUUCUCCAACUUCUCCCAGUCAGGCAGUGAACUUGAUGGUUCAUCUAACCAUGUUAGAGUGUGGAUUCUGCUUGGAAGGUAAUGCGGAGGCUCCACCUGGCUGGAAGGAGAUGGUGGCCACCAUCCACUACUCCCACAACACACUGCCAGAGUUCAUGUGCACGCUGGUGCUGGUGACAAUGGGUGAGGUCAAGCAGGUGAUGGCCAGCUUCCAGCAGCAGGAAAGUGAAAUCAGUGUCAAGUUGAUGGUGGGAGAGUAUGUUAAGAAAGGAAAUGACAACAUAGUGAUGCCAGAAAACCUCAUUCGUGUUGCACAGCUUGCACGUACCUUGCGCAACCAGCUGCUCCAUCCUCUGCAGGUUGCAGCACACCAAAUCCUUGGAGUUCCUGCUCCAUGGCACCUGGCUGGUCUGCCACAGGAACUGCUUCUGAUGAUUGGCAAGAAUUUGGAUGCUAAGUCUAUCCUAAGCCUAGGACAGAGCUGCAAGCGCCUGCAUUCAGUGAUGGAAGACAAACAAAUUGUGGCAAAAUCUCUAUAA